GUCCCUGCUGUCCUUUUCGUUGCAGUGAGCCGGUCACCUAGGGAGUAAGUCAACCGGGACCAGCCGGUCACCACCAGCCUACUCUUUCAUUUCCCUCGCUAGCUCUGUGACUCUUUCCCGCUCUCCCAAAUGGACGACACCUCGAGGAAUGGAACAAAAGAAAUAAAAAAAAAUUUAAAUAGAAACGCGAAACUCUUUACUUAAAUUUCUUCCUUUUCCUCCUAACUCACUCACAGUCUCACUACUAGUGCUUUGCUGCCAUUGCUGUUCCGUACAAGAGCAAUAUGUGGUAGAGAAAGGGAAGAGGCUGUACAAGAAUCAAAGUAUUGGGUAUCUGGUAAAGAAUCUCAUUCUCUGUGUCUAUGCGCCACUUUCUUCAAAAUUUGGCUCCUUUUUUUUUUUUCCUCCCCUUUUCCUUUCCCGGCUUUUACUUUACUGCUCAAUAGUUUCCUCGGUUGCUAUAAACAUCGAAGAGACCCACAAACUUGAUUCUAUGCCCUGUUAUGUGUUAUCCAUGGGGAAUGGGCAUUUGGGUUUGUCGAGAAAAACAAGCAAAGCGAGCUAAAGGAAAUAAAGCUCAAGGUUUUUGAAAUUUGGAGCGUUCCAGCUUACUGAAGGGUGGUGACUGCUUUAGUGUGUGGGAGUCCCACAAAAAAAAUAAAAAUAAAAAACCCAACUUGGCUUCUCUUUGCCUUUUUAUUUCCAGAAGGGGUUCAGGUGGGGCAUUCUUCUUCUGUGAAAUGUCGGCUUCUGUUGGUUUCAGGAAGGUGAUAGAGUCUAGGUGGUGGUGUUGUAAUUCUGCACUCGAGAAUGGUCGGCGUAUUGGAGGAGGUUUAAAGCUUCUAUGAGCAGUUUAUAGUUCCUAUUAUGGUUUCUGCCCGGAAAACUUUUUGGCUUUGAGUUACCCCUUACCUGUUUUCUUGUCAUUAAAGGUUGUUUUAUCUUGUAUAAGCGUAUGCUAAUCUUAGGUUGUCAAAUUAUGAAUUCUCCGUGUGGGUUUGUUUGAUGUCGAUCCUUCAGUGCUCAUUGUAUCUUGAAUAUGUAGUGCAUUUGGGUUUCUGUGUGUUGGUUUUAGAGGCCUUUUAGAUUCUUACUGUUCCUAACAUAAGUGAUUUGUAGUGCAGUGGCUCUUGAAGGAAUACUGUUGUUGCUCGCUAAGAUCAUAGCUGGAUCCUUGCACAGUACUAAGGUGUCUCUUUGGGAGGGUUCAUGGGUAGAAGUUUAUGUCUGAUUUUUCUAUUUUGUUAUUACUUGGAAAAAAUGUAUUAAGAAUGAAAUGGUUGAUUCCUCUUUGUGUGCUCAUGUAGGCAUUUUCUUGGCUUUUCGGUUAUGGAAAUUGGUUUACAUGUCUUUGCUCUGUGCUAGUGCAGUUGGACAUUUGGAUUUGGGACCUUUUUCUCUUUGCUUAAAUGUUCUUAAAUGACUUUCAUUCUGCCUAAUUCAGUAAAAGAGAGAUGGCAUCAGAGGCAUUUUUGGACUCCAAUUAUCUCUUCGCAAUGCGUUGCAUGGCAUCAGCGCAGGCCACGGGAGAUUUGAUGCAGUCUUUGAAUUCUGGGAACACGCUGCAGAAAGAAGGGCAUUUCCAAGAUGCAGUGGCUUCCUUCCUCAAUUCGUCGUCAUGUGGUGACAUUCCUGGUUCUUCCACCACCAGUGACUCCUCCAUUGUGCAGCAAGAGUCACAUUUGACCCAGAACCGAGCACAACCAUCUAAAAGAAAACAACAGCAAAGCGGCACAUCUCAGCCUAGAUUACCGAAAAAGAAGAAGUCAACCAUUGACCCGAACAAAAGGGAGCAGCUCCCUAAUCAAAGUCAGGCACACAGAAGAAACAAAACCGGACCUAGACAAGACACUGCUCUACUACAACAGCAAGCUAUGCAUCAGCUGUUACUGCAGAAUCCGGGUUCUUUGCAGUCACAAGGUCAUCAUAGUCCCCUCGUAGAGACUUUACCUCACAGGCAGCGGAGAACUUUUCAGCCAACGCAAGAACUACAUGAAGGAGUUGACUUAAAGCAACAGCAGCAGAAACAAGUAAAGGAAUACCUUCAACAGCUCGCAGUCAGACGUACACAAUCACAUCCACCUGCUCAGCUUUUCAACGCCAAUGUAUGCUCUCGCCGGCUAACACAGUAUAUGUAUCAUCUUCAGCGCAGGCCACCAAGCAAUGAUAUAUCAUAUUGGAGGAAGUUUGUGGCAGAAUAUUAUGCUCCUUGUGCCAAGAAAAGGUGGUGUUUGUCUUCUUGUGACAGUGUUGGACGUCAUGCUGUUGGAGUCUUCCCCCAGGCAGCUAUGGAUGCAUGGUGCUGUGAGUUAUGUGGUUCUACAUCUGGGAGAGGUUUCGAGGCCACUUUUGAAGUGCUCCCUAGACUUAACAAAAUACAGUUUGAGACUGGGGUUACAGAUGAACUUCUGUUUCUUGAAAUGCCUCGAGAGUGUAGGCUUCCUUCUGGAUCAAUGGUUCUUGAAUAUGGAAAGGCUGUGCACGAGACUGUCUAUAACCAAUUCCAUAUUGUUCGCGAGGGUAAAUUGCGGAUCGUCUUUACUCCUAAUUUGAAGAUAUCAUGCUGGGAGUUUUGUUCAAAAGACCAUGAAGAACUUCUGCCACGGAGUUUGGUCACAUCUCAGGUUAAUGAUUUCCUCCGAACUGCGCAAGAAUAUCAGACAGCAAUUGAUGGUAGUGGACCAGGAAAGACAUUGCCUGAUUUUCAAGAAACUUGCCACACGUUGUUGGCAGCUGGAUGCAGCCUCGAGAAAAACUUGGAAUUGCAGCUUGCUGGUGACAUGGGCUUUCCAAAGCGAUACAUUCGUUGCUUGCAGAUCGCUGAAAUUGUCAACAGUAUGAAAGACUUGAUGACCUUCAGUUUGCAGAACAAAACUGGAGCUAUCGAGAGCUUGAAGAGUUAUACCAAGAAGUUCUCGCACACUCAGGUGCAAACCCAAGAGGAAUCUGACUCGCUAGCAAAGGAGACAAGUCAGCAAUUGUCAACUUCUCAUUGCCAAGGGACCAUGAAUAAGGGUAAAGGUGGAGCCUUUACAAACUCUGACCAGGAAGCUUUGUCCGAUUAUGGAAGCUACGGUAAAUUACUCAGGCAGGCAUCCAACUCAGCUAUGGGCAGACCCGGGGAACCCUCUUACAUAUACAAACAGUUCAAUCAAGGCCCAUACCCCAAACCACUCCGAGGUUCUCCCACUGAAAGCAGCCUAGUACACGAGCAUAUUAUGAAGCUACUUCAAGGAACAAGCACUAAGAGCCAAACCCUUGGUUGGAGUGAGAGGGAAGUAGUAAACCAUACCAUCGAUGACAUGCUUGCUGGUUUGCCAACAAUUUCCAAUAACAUGGAUGCUUCUGGUUCAAGAAAUAGGCUGCCUUCUGACGUUUGCGCUUCAACGGCUGCCAAUUCAGGAGGAAGUAUCCUUGCUGGUUUCCUGGGGAAGACGAGAAACAGUUGGGAAUCUUCCAGUGGUUAUGCAGAUCCAGAUUUCAUCAGCAGCAACAAAGGAAGAAAUUCUCUUGAAAGGCUUGGUCCAUCCAAUGAACAUGACUUGUUCCGGAAGUUGCUCGAGAAUGGAACGUCUAAUGGUGUUUUUGGUGACCCCAUGAGCUUUGGCUGGAAGUGAUAAAGCUUAGCGCUAUCCUGCCCUUUUUGCUUAGUAGGAACUCCAGUGAAGGUAUACUCUGAAAUAUUUAUGAAAAAGGCUUCAAAUAGUUUGAUCUGAUUAAGAAUAUUUUAGGACCCUUUUCCGCAGAAGUACUAACGUAGAUUUGGAAGAACAGAAUGCUGUUGUACAUGGUUCUUAUUUGGUGCACAAAACUGUAAAUCAAUAGCAUCACAACAGUUAGAUCUUUAGAAAUGGAAGUUCUUUUCUCCAGUAAUAAAAGGAACUGAAAGAAUUACAUUGUAUGCGACCGAUAAGCUGACAAAGAAUACAAAACCGGAAUAUACACAUUGCUCUACU